AUGGCUAGAACAUACCAAAUCUUUGUCAUAAACGAGUCUAACGCCCCCCAGCAGUAUGCCCUCCUCAACCAAGUUCCGUCCGUGACCCCAACUGUUACCACGGGGGUGUGGAGCAAUGUUCUAUCUGUCAUUUCUCUAGAACGCGAAGACACUGUCCUCUUUACCCUCGAUGACGAGGCUUACGGCUUUGUUGGAUCUUCCACCAAGACACCUGGCACCGACGGCGCGACCGUCAAUACGUCUGAUUUUGAAAAGGUCAUUCUUGGUGGCCUGAGCACCACGGGAGAGGAGCAGAAAGGUACCACCCUCACGACGGGAAUCUUUCAGUCGCUGUUCAAGUUCACUGGUGAGGAUGCACCGCUUGGUGGUGAAGGCGCUUUUUGCGUCGAUACUCCCUUCAACUUCACUGUCCAAAACGCCCUGGAAGACAAUUGGGUUUUUGGCUUGGGAAAGAGUAUCGGCGGCCAGCCCGUUGCCGCUGCCACCAUGACUCCUGCGCCUAGUACCAGCUGCCAGAUCACGCCAUCUAAUAUUUGGUACAUCACCUACGGCCAAUACGUACAGGGCCAAAUUCUCAAUAUUGAUGAGGCUCGUACCCCAGUAGUCGCUAUUGACUUCUCUCAACUACCCGCCGAGGUCACUGUUGUCCAUUCCCAAAAUGGCACUUUGAGCAUUCGAUGGUGA